AAUUCUCUCAAAGGCUUAUUUUAAACUUCAGUCUGUAAACUUCUAACAUGUUUCUUAAAUCGUUUUCGAGCCACAAAAACGGCAACAAGUUGGAGGAAGGACAAAAUUACCACGAAACGUCCAACAACGGAGGUUUUUCGAACAGCUGCUAACACAGAAGAAUAAUCUCAGAGCACCGAGGAGAAAUUCGUGGAUUAAAAGAAGAGAAGAUACGAGUCAAAGUGUUGGAUGCUGUUUUCAAGCCUGAAUUUCACUGAUAAAGAGCAGAUAUGAGGCGGAUGUUAGGAAGUAAGGAAGAGAUUCUUCCUGAACAGCACAAAUGGAAUCUGAGUCUCAUCCAAAAGGACUCGGAGCCUCCAAAUGUUAAAGAGGAACAGGAGGAUCUCUGGAGUGAAGAUGAAGAAAAAACACAGUCAUCACAGCUUCAUCAACGUCAAAGAGAUGAGAGCACAGAAGUGAAGCUUCUUGUCAGCAGCGCGACUGAACACAGAGCACUGAAAAUGGAAGUGCAAGGAGACGACUGUGGAGGAUCAGAACCAGCCAGCAAGUCGAGUCUGUUCAGUCAUUUACAACCAGAUACUGAUGACAUGCAGCAGGUGUUAGAAAGUAAAGAAGACGUUCUCCCUGAGCAACAAAAAUGGAAUUGGAGUCUGGACCAAAAGGGCUCAGAUCCUCGAGACAUUAAAGCAGAACAGGAGGAACUCUGGAGUGAAGAUGAAGAAAAACCACAGUCAUCACAGCUUCAUCAAAGCCAAAGAGAUGAAAGCACAGAAGUGGAGCUUUUUGUCAGCAACUUGACUGAACACAGAACACUGAAAAAGGAAGCGACUGGAGACGACUGUGGAGGAUCAGAACCAGCCGGCAACUCGAGUCUGUUCAGUCAUUUACAACCAGAUAUUGAUGACAUGCAGCAGGUGUUAGAAACUGAAGAUGAUGUUCUCCCUGAGCAGCAGGAAUGGAUUCUGAGUCUGGACCAAAAGGACACAGAUCCUCUAGACAUCAAAGAGGAACAGGAAGAACUAUGGAGUGAAGAUGAAAAAAAAACACAAUCAUCACAGCUUCUUCAAAGCCAAAGAGAUGAGAGCACAGAAGUGAAGCUUCUUGUCAGCAACUCGACUGAAUGCAGAACACUGAAAAAGGAAGUGGCUGGAGAUGACUGUGGAGGAUCAGAACCAGCCAGCAGCUCAAGUCUGUUCAGUCAUUUACAACCAGAUACUGAUGGCAUGCAGCAGUUUUUGCCGAUUAAAGAAGAAUUUCUCCCAGAAAAGCAGGAGUGGAAUCCAAGUGUUAAUCAGGAGGACAUUAAAAAGGAACAAGGUGUGGACUCCACUAUGGAUCAAGGAGAGGACAAGUUGGAGGAACCCUCUAAAACUGGACUGGAUGGACACCAUGAGAUCCAGACCAAAGCCCAGAGGCCACAGCAGGACACGGCACAUUCUGCUGGACCUGGACCUCGACUUACACCUAGACGCAGAACGAAAUUUGUAUCUGAUCCCAUCUGUGUAUCCAUGAGAAGUGACCGGUCAAUUGGAGCACCUCCUGAUCUAAAAGAACAACCAUCUACUGGAAAGACGUUCUGUCAGAGUCCACAUUCAUCUGGACCUGUUCCCAGCAAUGUGUCCAUGAGAGGUGGUGGCCGGUCUAUCGGAGCACCUCCAGAUCUAAAGGGGCAACGGCCCUCUCGUGGAAAGAUAUGGAAGAAGCGGCAGCUCUCAGAAGUUCUCAGUCUUCAGUUUCCUCAGCAGCAUCACAUGGAUGACAUAUUUCUGGAUAUCGAGGAGUACGUGGUCAUGUAUGUGAGAAGUGAGCUGAAGAGGAUCCAGAAAUUUCUCCUUACAAAUGAGUCUGAAUGCUUUGGGAGCCAAAGUGAGAAGGAGGAGUUGAUGAGGCGCAACAGAGACGCUGUGCUGAACCUCACACUGAACUUCAUGAGGAUAUUGAAGCAGGAGGAGCUGGCUGACUAUUUGCAAAGCAGAACUUGUGCUGAGGUUUGUCGGCGUAAACACAAAUCGAAAAUGAAGCAGAAGUUUCAGCCUAUGUUUGAGGGGAUCUCGAAAGCAGGAAAGGCGACUCAUCUGAAUGAGAUCUACACAGAGCUCUACAUCACAGAGGGUGGGGCUUCAGAGAUCAAUGAGGAACAUGAGGUCAGACAGAUUGAAACAGCAUCCAGAAAAACAGACACAAAAGCAAUCACAUUUGAAGACAUCUUCAAAGCCUCAGCUGACACACAGCCACCAAUCAGAACAGUGCUGACAAAGGGCGUGGCCGGCAUCGGGAAAACGUUCUUAACACAGAAGUUCACUCUGGACUGGGCUGAAGACAAAACUAACCAGGACGUCCACUUCAUAUUUCCAUUCACUUUCAAAGAGCUGAAUGUGUUGAAAAAGAAGAAGUUUAGCUUGAUGGAACUUGUUCAUCACUUCUUUCCUGAAACCAAAGAAGCAGGAAUCUUUAACUUCCAACACUUCCAGGUGUUGUUUAUCUUUUGUGGUCUGGAUGAGUGUCGCCUCCCUCUGGACUUCCACAGCAGUGACGUCCUGACUGAUGUCACAGAGCCGAGUUCAGUGGAUGUUCUGCUGACAAACCUCAUCAGGAGGAACCUGUUUCCCUCUGCUCGCCUCUGGGUAACCACACGACCUGCAGCAGCCAAUCAGAUCCCUCCUGAGUGUGUUGACAUGGUGACAGAGGUCAGAGGCUUCACUGACUAUCAGAAGGAGGAGUACUUCAGGAGGAAAUUCAGAGAUGAGGAGCAGUCCAGAAGAAUCAUCUCCCACAUGAAGACAUCACGAAGCCUCCACAUCAUGUGUCACAUCCCAAUCUUCUGCUGGAUCAUUGCUACAGUUCUGGAGGAUUUGGUGAAAACCACAGAUACACCAGAGCUGCCGAAGACCCUGACUGAGAUGUACAUCUACUUCCUGGUGGUUCAGUCCAAAAGGAAGAAAGUUAAAUAUGAUGGAGGAGCUGAGACAGAUCCACUGUGGAAUCCAGAGAACAGGGAGAUGAUUGUGUCUCUGGGAAAACUGGCUUUUGAGCAGCUGCAGAAAGGGAACCUGACCUUCUAUGAAUCAGACCUGACAGACUGUGGCAUCGACAUCAGAGCAGCUUCAGUGUACUCAGGAGUCUUCACACAGAUCUUUAAAGAGGAGAAUUUCCUUGACCAGGAGAAGGUGUUCUGCUUCGUCCAUUUGAGUGUUCAGGAGUUUCUGGCUGCUGUUUAUGUCCAUCUGACCUUCACCCAGUCUGGAGUCAAUCUGCUGUCAAAAGAACAAACAACAUCCAGAAGAAUGAAAAUAUCUAAAGACACACCUGAAUUAAUGCUUCUUCACCAGAGUGCUGUAGACAAAACCAUACGGAGUCCAAAUGGACUCCUGGAUUUGUUCCUCCGCUUCCUCCUGGGUCUUUCCCUGAAGACCAGUGAGAAGUUAUUGCAAGGUCUAAUAACGCAGACGGACAGAAUUUCAGAGUCCAAUCAGAAAACUGUCACCUACAUCAAGAAGAAGCUCAAUGAAAAUCUCUCUGCAGAGAGAAGCAUCAAUCUGAUCCACUGUCUGAAUGAGCUGAAGGAUCAUUCUCUUGUGGAUCACAUCCAACAGUUUCUGAGCUCAGGAAGAGUUUCCACAGAAAAUCUGACUCCUGCUCAUUGUUCAGCUCUGGUCUUCAUCUUACUGUCAUCAGAACAGCAUCUGGAUGUGUUUGACCCAAAGAAGUACUCUGCUUCAUGUGAGGCUCUUCCAAGGUUCCUACCAGUGAUCAAAGCAUCUAAAAAAGUCUUGCUGUCAGGCUGCAAUCUGUCAGAGAGAAACUGUGAAGAUCUGUCAUCAGUUCUCAGCUCUCAGUCCUCUAGUCUGAGGGAACUGGACCUGAGUUUCAACAAGUUGCAGUAUUCAGAAGUGAAGCUGCUGUGUGCUGGACUGAAGAGUCCACACUGUAAACUGGAAACUCUCAGGCUGAGUUUCUGUGAUCUGACAAAGAAAAGCUGCACAGUUCUGUCAUCAGUUCUCAGCUCUCAGUCCUCUCAUCUGAGAGAACUGGACCUGAGUAACAACGAGCUGGAGGAUUCAGGAGUGAAGCUGCUGUCUUCUGGACUGGAGAGUCCAGACUGUCACCUGAAGACUCUCAGGCUGUCAGGCUGUCUGAUCACACAUGAAGGCUGUGCUUCUCUGGCCUCAGCUCUGACCUCCAACCCCUCCUAUCUGACAGAGCUGGACCUGAGCUACAACCAUCCAGGAGACUCAGUGAAGCUGCUGUCUGCUGGACUGGAGGAUCCACACUGGAGUCUGGACACUCUCAGGGUGGAUCCCAGUGGAGUCCAGUGGUUGAAACGAGGUCUGAGGAAGUAUUUCUGUGAACUCACACUGGAUCCAAACACGGCAAACAGAGCACUCAAACUGUCUGACAGCAACACAAGGGUGGAACGUAUGAAAGAGGAUCAAUCAUACCCUGAUCAUCCAGACAGAUUUGACGUUUGCCCGCAAGUCCUGUGUGCAACUGGUCUGACUGGUCGCUGUUACUGGGAGGUCGAGUGGAGAGGAAACAUUUCUGUAGCAGUGACUUACAGAGGCAAUAGUGCUGAGUUUGGAUCGAAUGAUCGGUCCUGGAGUCUGUCCUGCUCUGAUCAUCGUUACUCUGUCACUCACAAUAACAAGGAAACAGUCCUUCAUCGAACCUCUUCAUCCUCUCACAGAGUCUCAGUGUAUGUGGACUGUCCUGCUGGCACUGUGUCCUUCUAUGACGUCUCCUCUGACACUCUCAUCCACAUCCACACCUUCUGCUGCACAUUCACUGAACCGCUGUAUGCUGGGUUUGGGUUUCGGUUCUGGUCUGGUUCCUCAGUGUCUCUGUGUCGACUGUAGGAUAGAGAGCCUUCCCCUUAGUCAUAAGUCAAAAGUCAUAAUUGUACAUGGAUGAGCACCUCCCUCUGUAGCACGUCUAAUUAAUUAAACCUUACGUACCGGCCCGUGCUCUGCAUUCUUAGUAUGCAGGAUAAGGGGGCAGUUCCUGUCCAAAUGUUUUUGUGCCCCCCUCAAACGUCAUUACAUAAAAUUUCAUUAAUGUUAAACAGAAUUUAAUAAAUAGUUUAAAUAUUUGAAGAAAGUUAUUAGAUGAAAAUACAUUUAAUAUAGUUAUGACCACAUGGGAUCGUGGUUGCCUUUGGCCCUCACCCAAAUGAGUCAUGCAGAGAUUAUUAGCAGAUCAGUGGGCAAUAUUUACUGUGGGUAGAUCGUGCCACUACUUUCUGAACAUUUUAUUGUAAAUAUCUGUAAUAAUAUGGCUUGUUGUACAAUUAAGUCUCCUAACAGACAGUUUCCUGACAAACAGUUUUGGCCUUGGACCAGAAUUAAAAAUGAAUGGAGGACGAAUAUGAGACAAGAGACUUUCUCUCAUGCCUGAAGUGAAAUGGAAAAAUACAACAGCGUGUUGCUGAAAUGGAUCAUUUUUUUAAACUAUUUAACCAGGUUAGUCCCAAUUCACCUAACCUACAUGUCUUUAAAUGUGGGAGGAAACCCAUGCAAACAUGGGGAAAACAUGCAAACUCCACACAGAAAGGCCACAGGUGGGAAUCAAACCCAUGACCUUCUUGCUAUGAGGCAACAGUGCUAACCACUACUCCACUGUGCUGCCCAGUGUCACACAGCAGUAGUGAAAAUGCGAUACAUACGGUAAGAUGACUUUGUUUAAUUUGGGGUUUUAUAGCAUGUCUGUGUUUGUUGUAUUUGAGGCUGCCGUACUGUUUGUUUGCUUUUUUUGGCACAAGGUUUUUUUUUUUAAUAUUAAAUAUGGCAUAAAUGUUUCUCUUAUUUGUGGGGUAGAACGUGAGCUCAUGCAGUAUAGUUUGUGAGCUCACCCUGUGUUGUGGAAUGUAUAAAGCUCAUUUUGUGAAAGAAUUAGUGCAAAUUUUGAUAAAAGCACCAAAAUUUGCAUCUGUUCCCAAAUGUGUGUUUCACAGUUCUGAUCAAUUAGCCACAUGUUAUACCAUCAUGGCUGCCAUUUUUCAAGAUGGCCACCAGAACCACACCUUGCGAGCAGGUUGUUUGACGUUGGCCUUCAAAAUGAAAUAGGAUUCAUAUAAGGUACUAACAUGCUUGUAAAACUGUUUCUUUCCUGUUAUCUGUGGUGAAUGUUUGUCAAGUUUUACUUCAAUUUUCGUAUUUUGUAGUAUAGAUUCAUCAUAUUGAAUCUAUGUUUGUAUCUUUGUUUCAGCAGUCAGCCUCAUUAUUUUAAUGGAUUUCUGGCACAGGUCCUCAUCACUCUCUCAACUCUCACCUAUGGCUCCAAGAUGUUGUCACAACUAUGGCAAUGGCCACACCCCGGUAAACCGUGUUGGCUCAUGGUCAAAACUAGGUGAGGGUAGCACACAUUCUCUGUGUGAUGAAAUUUUUAGACAUUUACGUGCACCACAAUGACACAUUUCUGACCUGAUACUAAUCACAAAAAGAGUGAUUGUUGAUUGAUUUGCAAAGCAUCAAGAAUAAAUUAGCCUAUUUUGGUACCGUUAGCCCCAUUGGCAGGGUUGUUCCAUGGAAACUCCAAAAUAUGCCGUGUCGUUUUGGUGGCCAUCUUGAAAAAGGCCCCCAUCUUGGAAUUUUGAGUGGCUAAUUGAUCAGAUUUGCAAAGUAUGCCUUAAAUGUCAGUUAUGCCAAAUUUGGCACUUU